UAGAAAGUCAUUUUAAGGGGGGGAAAAAAAAGAAAACAGCUAGCUUUCUGCAUUGGCCGGGAAUCGAACCCGGGCCUCCCGCGUGGCAGGCGAGAAUUCUACCACUGAACCACCAAUGCCUGAGCGAAGCUUUCUCUCGGCUAGGUCGGUAGUCGUCUUUCGGCCCGCCUGGCUCCCCUCCCCUGCGCUCCGGAGCGGAGUUGCAUCCCAGUCGAGGGCCCGCACCAGCAAGAAGGUUCCCCGAGGGGCCGCGCUCAGCUGAGACCCGAAACCCCGAGUUCCGUCCUCGCCCCCGUGGCGCCGGAAGCGGGGCACCCCGCCCUGCCGCCCCCUUCUCCCCUUUCUCCCAGGAAGGGCCUCCCACCCCCGGGAUCAGCAGCGUCCCGAGGCUCCCGGGCGGCCCACCCGCACUUCCUGAGGCCAGAAGGCAAAGCGGGGGCGGCCGGAAACCUCAUCCACAGGCCUGGGGGCAUCGCGAUGAAGGCGAAGGUCUCCCUCCGAAUGUCCCCCGAGUGCCUCAGGGCUCCCACCGACCUCUCCCCUCGUUCCUGGGCGCAGGGCCCCAGAAGCAGCAGCUACAGCCUGGAUUAUGAGCUACACCGGGAAGAUAGCCCCUGCAGGGUGUACGAACACCAGGGGGUCCCUCCCCUCCUCCACCGUGUGCCUGUCAGGAUCUGGAGGGCCCACCUGGGCACGGGGGCCAAGGGCCGCUUCAGUCCCCACAGGGCCCCCAGGAAGAGCCAGCUGCCCCCCGAGAUAAAGCUCCAGACCGAGGAGCUGCACUGCCUCAGGGCCGAGCUGAGCCACAUCAAAGCCCAGGUGGACCGCCUGCUGCAGCGCGUGGAGCUCAUGGAACAGCGGAGGGACCAGCUUCCAGGGACAGAGGUCUGUGAACAGAACAGGGGCUCUGGGAGUCAGGGGUCCUUAUGCAGAACCACCGAACCGAGGCAGAAGCCCAGAGGCCCGAGGGCCCUUCCGGAGGCGGACGGCUCCCAGGAGCACACAGACCCAGAGGACGCGGUCAAGAAUCAGGCAUUAGACCAGGAGGGCUGUCAGUAGCAGGCUGGAACCCCUCCAGGCUCAGCAGCUCCAGGCACGGUCCUUUCCUUGAGUGUUUUCUCGAGGGUCUCUCAGUGGCACCCAAGCCACCCAUCCUGGAGCAAAGGCGAUGGAAAUGGAGGCAUGGCGCAGCCAGGCACCCUCCGCUAGUGCUGGUUUUAGCUUUGUCCAGAUGGCAGUCUAGGUACUGCAGGGAAGGGGGGCGGCCCGCAGCUGCCCAGCACCAGCGCACCAUCUCAGGCUGCAAGGGGAGCUCGACGCCCGCCUCCCGGAGCAGCAUCAGCUCUCUUCCCCUCUCGAAGCCCCCAGUCCCGUCUGGGCGUCAACAGGCUUACCGUUCUUACCUUGCUUCUUGCUGCUGUGAUUCUAUGUAUUUCAGAUCUGCUUUGGAAAUACAUAUAAUGUCACUGGGGGCAAAUAAAGUUUGUAUCUUUCCCCCAGUCAGGGGUUCUUGGUGUGGUCCCCAGGCCUCAUUCUGGUCUUUCAGCUGCCUCAAGCCAGCCUUUCCUAGAGCUGAGCAGGCCCCUGAGACACAAGCUUAGGUCACACCAAGCUGGUGCAGGGAGGACCCCGGGCGGCCCUUUUGCCAAUUCAGACCUGAGCACAGACCUGCAGGGCUCAGGAGCCACACAGGGCGGAGCCCACCCUCGUGGUCAGACAGGCCCCCUCUGCCCUACAGAAUCGCCAGACUCCCUCUCCAGUAUCCAGAA